GCGGUUGUAGACGUGCUUUUAUCAUGCUGUAUUUAUUAUUAAUCCAGUUAAUAAUACUGCCAGUGUAUGAUGCUAAACGAAACUUUACGCAUGAACAUAGUUGGAGCCUGUUCAGUUACGAUAUUGAUGGAGUAAAAUAUACGAAUGACUCGGAUUACGAAUACAAAGACGGGGCGUUCACCUUUCGGAACGUGGCCUUAGAGGAACAUGAAAAGUUUCUAAUAAGGCAAAACUUGAUUCCCUAUGACUUUAUUUAUGAUGUUCCUCGAAUAACAAUAAGCAUCCCUAGAACUCGACCUGGAAUACCAUUUACUGUCAACUUUAUUGAUAGGUUUCUUGAUGAAGAAGUACCAAUGCUAAGACCAUUUCCUAAUUCAAACGAAGGUAAAGAAUUUACAUCGGUUUUUAACAUGUUUGAAGACAGCUGUUCUAGACUUUGGUUUGUUGAUACAGGAUACCUCGAUAUCCCAGGUGUGCGAAAGCAAGUACAACCAGCAUCAUUGAUACUUUACAGUACUAAUUUAAGACCAAAGUUUCAGUUCAGGAAAAAUAUUGACAGUGCUUUUCUCCACAAUGGUAUCACUAGUGGACUCCGAUCUCUAUCGGUUGAUUUUAUAUUACCGUGCUCCGAGUCUUACGUAUACAUUACUGACGACACUACCGGCGACCUCAUUGUCUUCUCGCUUCAGGACUUGCGUUUUACGAAAAUCAGCCGCGCAAGUAAUACGGCUGAUUCUUGGGAAUUUAUUGUGCCACAGUUUGAAACACAAUACAGGUUAGAAGUUGAAAAAUAUAGAAAAAGGCCAAAAGAAACAUACGAACAUUAUGUGGAUUUUUUAAAUUCUACAAAUCAACUGUAUGAUCCAAUAAGUGAUUCAAGACCUCGUGAUACAUUUAACAACACCUACUAUCCAAAUUAUGAAGGGUUGCUCUACACGAAAAAUUUUGAAGGAAACAUUUUGUUAUUCACGAAUUGGAAUCGUAACAAGCUUUACUGUUGGAAUAUGGAUACUCCGUAUGAAGAAGAAAAUGUUGAUUUACUCUCCAAAGUCGAUGAGGCUAACUAUAGAUUUUCAGCCUUAGACGCAUCGGGUAGCGGUUGUUACGCACUAAUACAGAGAACUUUAAAUAGCACGUCGUCAAAGUUCAAUGAAGAGAAAUACAAUUUUUGGUUUUUCUCAAAUAACCUUGAGGAGCUGCUGGAGGGAUCAAAAUGCACCAAGAGUAACCAGUGCACGGAUUACGUGAUGCGGAGAUCGGCGAGCCAAACAUUACUAUUUUCCAAAAGAAUAGCACCAAAAUACGUAUCUGAUAACGUCAUUAGAAAUGUUGAAAAUAUAUGGAAGGUCAAGGGCAUUAUGAAUUAAGACACUCUGAAUCGAGCCUCGAAACGUGACCCUCAAAUACAAAACGGCGUUUUGGAAUUUAUAGUAGUACUUAAUAAAUAAACUGACAGAAC